AUGCGUUACCUUUACAAAGCAUCGGAUGAAAAAUAUGUAAAGCCCUUGGCUGAGGAUUCGACGAAGUUACAAAAUUCUUUGUCUUCAUAUAAAUUCCGUUUGGAUUCGAUAACACGUGGGAAAUUUGAAUUUGACAAGCAUGAUCUACCGAUUGUUUUCAAAUGUUCUCCGGACACGUUGCUGAAUCUUUGUGUUAAGAUUGUGGAUGCAAUGCCUUUACCUUCGGUAUACGAAUGGAAUAUUGAGGAUAUUUGUAAAUGGCUAAGGGGAUAUGGGUAUUGUCAAUAUCAGAACACUUUUCGUGCGAAUCACAUCAACGGGCACACCCUCCUGCUAUUGGACGCCUCAGCCCUCUCGGCCAUGAACAUAAAAGAUUUCCAGCACAUCAAGCAUUUGGCAUAUGGUAUUCGAUCCCUAUUCUACUUCGAAAUGACAAAAUUUGCACGAAGCCUGAGUCACUAUCCUGAAUUUCAUCAAGAAAUUUAUAAAUUAUUUCGUGUAAAAACUGGAAAAUCCUAUGAAACCACAAGACGUUCCGAUUUAUGGCGUAAAUUACAGAUGAUACGUAAACGGGAACCAUACUUACGACAUUGGGAUUUGCUGGAAAAAUGGUUAAAUUUUGAAAAGGUACCCGAACAAACCGAACUAAUUGGUGGUGUAAAUCGUUACGAUUUGUAUCGUUGUCAUGGAAAGCCUCAGCCAGAGGAGAGCAUGAAACCCUCAAAACAUUGUCCAUGUUUACCACCAUGCGAAUGUUCAUGGUCCGAGUUGGAUUAUCGAGCACCGUGGACCUUGAAAUGCUUGCCACAUUUAAAGGAGAGAAACAAGGACUUUGUGAGGCAGUGUAAAAAUUGCAUGGCUCCCUGCACCUGCCGCUGGUCAUCGAAGAUGUAUGCAACCCGUGGUGUGCUAUCGUGUCUUCAGGCUGCAUUUCCACAGAAAUAUGGCAAUGGUUUGGGACGAUUUAGACAGCGAACGCAACGUGGUAAUGAUAACCGUUUUCAAAAUUAUCGUUUGUCAUCGCUGUAG